AUGGUUCAAUCUGCAGGAGUUCCACAGCUUUCAGAUAAUCAGGCUCCGCCAGGGAGACCAAGCUCGGCUACAGAGACAGAAGUGGAUCUGAUUCACAAUACCCAGGCACCACCACCACCCAAGGAAAGUGGCCCAAAUAAGAGGAGGAAGGCGAGAGUGAGGGGAAACAGCACCAGGCCCAAGAAGAGAAUGACGGACAGCAGGGGUGUUAGCGAUAGACCACUAGUGGAGAAGCAGGGGGUGUGUGAUGAGGGAAGCCCCUUACCUCCACUCCUUCGUAUCUCUUUAAAAAGCCUGUUGGCAGCUGAGAUGAAGCUAGUGUAUGGUGACGAGCAGCACAACAUUACCCAGCAGCCCUCCAAGUCCCCAGUCACCUCCUCGGCUUCACAAUUUAUGUGUCAAGCCUCUGAAAUAGUAGGCCCUCCAAGUGGACCUAAUCUCGGCUUUCUGCCUCAAAUUGACAAAUGGCUGGAUGUAGCCUUACAGGAUGCCGACUCAUACUACCAACAGAAGAAAUAUGGGAUCGCAGCCAGUCGUUUUACCACAGCUCUGGAGCUGUGUUCAAAAGGCGCUGCAGUUGAACAAUCUUUGCAUGCGGUGUAUGAAGACAUUUCUAAGGUUGCCAGUUUGAUUGAGUCCAGACUUGUUGCCUGUUACCUGAGACUGAAGAGACCGAAGAUAGCCCUCAACCACUCCCACAGAGCCAUCCAGCUAAACCCCAUCUAUUUCCGCCACCAUCUGCGCCAGGCCAUGGUGUAUCGACUGCUGGGGAACCCAUGUGCCGCGGCGAGGAGUGCCAUGAUUGCUGACUGGGUGUACUGGCUGUCCGGGGGCUCAGAUGAACACAUAAGCAAGCUCAUCAAACUGUAUUGGCAGGCUCUGUUGGACGAGGCGAUCACCAUGGAGGAUCGUUUCUCUGUCAUGUACACCCCGUGCUCUGCUGGGGACUCCGUGGGGGAUUGCAUCGCCAAGGCUGAGGAGACCUUCAGGAAACAGCACACUGCGUUCACAGACUACCUGUUCACAGACCCUAGUGGAGGUCACCUGCUGCCCCAGACCACAGACUGGAGCAAUCCCCCGUCCACCCAGCAGAAAUACGUCCUCACCCUGGGCUUCAGGAGGGGACAGGACGGCAGCUUCCUCAGCAAACUCACCAGCAGGACCUGCCCCUCUUUUACAGGACCCAGAGCCUCAUUCAGCUCCAGUAGCCCAGAGGACAUGGAGCGGGUGUGUGACACGUUCAGCAGGAGGAUCCUACCAGUCUUAGAUUUUAUUAAGUGCACCAAACUAGCUGCAGGUUUUUCCCCAGGUUCUGGGCUUGUGGAGAGGCUGCAGUAUGCUGGCUACCUGGGACAGAUCCAACGGAGCAGGGAGCAGACCGUCAUCCUCCACCAGGCGCUGGCUGAGCUCGCUGUCGCCCCCUACCUGCAAGACCUCAGCCACGCAGAUACCUCACUGCUGCAGGCUCUAAUGGCAGACACCAUGGACACCCUUGAAGGAAGGCGGACUGAUAGAGAACGUGUGUGGAAUGAAAUGCAAAAGGUGGGGAUGUUGGAGGAUCUGUUGUUCCAACUGGAGGAGACCUAUCUGAAGAACAAGGCUCAAAGGGCCAGUAGGAAGCAGAGGGUCGGGGUCCAGGGGGCGGAGGGGAAAGCCAGAGGAAGACCCAAAGCAGGGGUCAAAAUAGGGGCCAAAGGAGGGGGUACAGUGGUGACGGACAAGGCCAAAGUCCGUCCCACUGAAACCCAGCAGGAGACAGCAGUAGCACCAAUGACCUUACCAGAUCCAUGA